UCUGUCAUGGUUGUUCUGCUGCACGGCAGCCUACUGAGACGUUGAGAAGCCAGUAAUCGCGGUUUCAUGUACACAAAAAGCCGCGCACGCAGUCUAACCUAGUUGAUGUUCUCGUAUUUCUCGAGAGAAACGAUGCGACUCAACGAGAGGAAUGUGGCAGCUUUCGCCUCGGCUCCGACACCAAUAGACAAGGAGGGGUGGCUGCGAAAGAAGGGAGAGCUAAACAAGGGUUACCAACGACGCUGGUUUGUCUUGAAAGGCAAUCUUCUCUUCUACUUCGAAAGGCAAGGAGACACUGAACCGGUCGGUGUGAUCGUUCUGGAAAAGUGUAGUGUCGGAUUGUGUGAUGACGGAGACCCUUACAGCUUUUAUGUUGCGUUUGAGGGUCAAGGAGCGAGGACGUACGUCUUGGUUGCGGACAAUGAAGCAGAUAUGACGUCAUGGAUUAAGAGUAUUUCUCAUGCUGGUUAUGACUAUCUGCGCAUGAUGGUGGAGGAGUUGAAACGGAGGCUAGAGCGACUGCAGGCGGAACGUGGUGGAAUGUCCGAUUUGUGCGAAGAGGGUGAAACAACAGCAGGAGCGAAAGGCGUUCGUCAUUCUGCACCGAAUUUGGUACCCGCAAAUGUGCCUGAGCUCAAUGCUCUACCUCGUUAUCGCACUGUACCACAGAUAGAUCUUCAAGGCUCUUCUCCUUCUCCAUUGUCGUACGAUUCUAGAUGCACUCUGCAGCCUGUGCCCUCGUCUGCAAAGAGACAAGUGACAGGAAUCGGUAGUCAACAGUCUACGAAGGGAGCAUCACUGCCUGUGGCGAGUCGUGACUCUGCGACACUUGACGGCUUUACUAGAAACUUAUCCGAAAGGAAGAAUCCAUUUCUGGGUGCAGUCAAUCGCACUCAGCCGAGUUUUAUAUCUCACACACAACAGAUGACGACCACGACGACAGCCGGACUGGAACCGUAUCGAGUUAGCAACGGAUCGGACAUUAUGGUAAAGAAACCCGACAUAGUGGUAAAGAAGCCGGUUCGAUCGUUUGCAGAGAUGCAUCGUGAAUUUGGUGUUCCCAUUCAACACAUUCUGGACAAGCAAGUUGACACAAACAACAUUCGUUCUCCAUAUUCUGCCACAUGAAGACUCCAGUUGCGAGGCAACCGGCAACUGUCACGUGAUUGCAGGGUAGUUAAAUUAAUUGUGUUCUGGGUUUAUAUCAAUAUGAUAAUACUUUUGUUACUGUAACAAUGAGUCACACGUGGAUGGAACUCAAUCUGUAAAGCUCCUAUUACA